CCUGAGGGUUGGCUACGGUUCACGUUCACGCUGCGUCUGGAUAGAAGCACGACACGCCGCCCUGCUUCGCGUCCGCGCCUUCGACACGCGGCAUGGAGUCUUCUCCGAGCAGCAGGGCACCGCAAUUGCCCUUGGAGCCAGAGCAGCAGCGUCCAGAGCCGGCGCGGAAGCCGUCGUUGCUCCCCGCCUUCGAGCCGCUCUCGUCCUCGCCCUUCCCGCGUCCGCACUCCGCGAAGCGAAAGUUCAACGAGGACUCGCCCUCGUACCCCAAGCAACAGCUGAGGUACUAUCCUACGCCAGUGCCGACCUCGUCUACUGGCAUUCUGCCAUCGUCGUCGCCCCAGAAUGCCCGUCCGGCCUUCCAGCGUACCAUUUCCGCGCUCUCGGAGCGGGUCCCUCUCGGAGCCGUGCCGACGGUUGAUCUGCCCGCUGACGGCGAAAUCGUUCGCAUGGGCAGGUCUUCAAAUUCAUCCGACUACCAGCUGUCCGCCAACCGACUGAUUUCACGCGUUCACGUCCAAGCCGCGUAUCACGCCCCCACCGCGUCCCACCCGAACGGGUAUAUUGAGGUCGAGUGUCUGGGAUGGAACGGUGCAAAGAUUCACUGUAAAGGCCGUGUCUUCGAGCUGGAAAAGGGUGACACGUACACGUCGGAUAAUUCUGAGGCGGAGAUCAUGCUAGAUGUUCAAGAUACACGCGUCAUGAUCGCGUGGCCCGUCAUUCCGAGGAAGCUUUCAUGGGACUCAGGAGACGACCUCUCGCCAACACGUCGACCGGCUCAGGACCACUUCGCUUCAAGUCCCCCCGUCAUUCCGCGUUCUCCGGUGUCACAGAGCCCAAUCCGUCAGCCAGUCUUCGCCCCCGGCGCUGCCCUACCAGCACAGUCUGGACCCGUGCAGAUAUUCGAGGAUGCCGAUGCAGAUGAGGAGAACGAUAAAGGCAAUGGCCCGACCCCAGUGGAUAUGACCUUUAUUCGUCCUUCCAAGUCGCGUUCCAAUUCAGCUCAAGACGUGAAUGCCGUGGACCCAAAGGCUAGCAUACUCUCAUCCUUCAAUGUGGAUGACUUCUCGGAUGGAGAUGAAGAGAAUGACCCGGUGAUUCACUCUUUUGGUCCUUUUGGAGAGAACCUUCUCCCCCGUCUCGCAUCGUUCUCAACGACUACUCCAACCCAGCCCAGCGUCUCUGCACAGCGUCGCCGCCGCGCCGCCUUAGCUUCGUCUUCGCCAAAGCACGCCUCACCAACCCAAUUACUACGCUUCAAGGACUCUCCGAUCAAGAACCAUGUCAUCAACCAGCUCGCGUACUCUCGCCUUCACUCGCAGGCUCUGUCAGCCAUUCAUGGCAACCUCCCCGCAGAGCUGAAGGCAUGUGUUGCUAAAGAUUCAGAAAGCAAAGGCUCAGACGGUAGUGGAGCAUCUACUCCAACCCCGCAACUCACCAAGCAGGAUCUCAAGAAGCUUUUGGAUGAGAUUCCCUGCAUCGGCGAGAUACCCCGCUAUGGCAAAGACGCUGCCGGCAAGCCGCUCGAGAACGAGUUCUACUACGUUCCAGAGAUGGACAUGGAUCAGAUCAGGCGUGACACUGUUACUGGUGGUAUGCGUGGCACUGGUCUGCGAAGUGUGAGGAAGCAGCACAAGCAAUAUUACUGGAAGAAGCCCCGCGUCUAAGCCCUCUAUCCACCGUUACGAAUCGCAGUCGUCACCGCAAUUCAUGAAAUAGACGUAUGUACGCCGCCGCUUCGCCGCUGUUCUACAUCGGUCACACAAUACUGGCGUACCGGUGUCGCCCCUUCUACAACUGCUUCAGACUGUCACCAGCUGCCACUGGCUGACAUAGC